CUCUGAGUUGCCUUUUGCUAAGCACCCAGCACUCAGCAGUUAAGACUCUUCUCUCCUCCUCUCUUUUUGCUUAUACAGAAAAAUGGCCACAGCAGCAUUUUCUGCAAUUUCCCUUCUGCUUUUUGUGCUCAAUCUUUGCUUUAGAGGCACUUUUGGAGACUAUGGAGGAUGGCAAGGUGGUCAUGCCACUUUCUAUGGUGGGGGUGAUGCUUCUGGGACAAUGGGAGGUGCUUGUGGGUAUGGCAAUUUGUAUAGCCAAGGGUAUGGUACUAACACUGCAGCACUUAGUACUGCCCUAUUCAACAGUGGCUUGAGCUGUGGAGCUUGCUAUGAAAUGAGAUGUGACAAUGAUCCCAAAUGGUGUCUCCCUGGAACUAUCACAGUCACUGCUACCAACUUCUGCCCUCCUAACUAUGCCCUGUCAAAUGACAAUGGUGGCUGGUGCAAUCCUCCUCUCCAACAUUUUGACUUGGCUGAGCCUGCUUUCUUGCAAAUUGCUCAGUACAGAGCUGGAAUUGUACCCAUUUCCUUCAGAAGGGUGCCCUGUAUGAAGAAAGGAGGAAUAAGGUUCACCAUCAAUGGACACUCAUACUUCAACUUGGUUUUGGUGACAAAUGUUGGUGGAGCAGGAGACGUACAUGCAGUAUCAAUCAAGGGCUCUAAGACAGGGUGGCAAGCCAUGUCAAGAAACUGGGGCCAGAACUGGCAAAGCAAUGGAAUCCUCAAUGGGCAAAGCCUUUCUUUUCAGGUCACCACAAGUGAUGGUAGGACAGUGACAAGCUACAACAUUGUGCCUGCUAACUGGCAAUUUGGACAAACAUUUGAGGGUGGUCAGUUUUAGAUUUUUUUUGCUUUUAAGGAGAAGCAACUGUAUUUAUUUGCUAUUAUAGUACUGUAAAAUGGUUUGUGAGAAGGGGAGGGGGUUCAGGGUAUAGGAGAAGAUUGGCCAAUGUGGCUGGCUGUUGCUGAGGUGGUUAUUGGCACCCGCUAGGCCUUUCUAUUUAACAGAAAUGAUUGUGAGAUUUAAGAGACUUUGGUUACUUUGGAUAGGGAUGGAUGUUUUCUUUUCCUGUUAGUGGUGGCUUUUUGUUUCUUUCAAAGCCUUCAAAUACCACAUUUGUUUGUAAUUUAAUCCCCAAAUCCCAGUUGGGGCAAUUUAUGCAAUACAUCAAUGAUCACCUUGAUUGUCGUUUUGCACAACUUCAA